AUUAAGUCAAUAUACAACUACAGCUCAUAUAUCGUAUCUUUCAGCAAUCUUCAGAGACUAAACUCGGAUGCCAACUAAAAUAUAGCUUAUGUUUAACAAUACUAUUCUACUAAACCUUUACCAGAUUCUGAUCUACUUCUACGUAGGUAGUACUCAUACACUCUUAUCGCUCGAAAUAUUUGUAUUGCAUCAUACAUUAACAUCACUCCAAAUAUAACUUACACUGUUACCUUGUCUCGUUCCUAGUUUGGCAUGAUAGUCGGAAGUGCCAACAAUUUCCGUGUCGCAGUCAGUUCAGAGCCCCCAAUAUACGACUAUUCAUAAGCCCACAACAAUCAUGAUACCCAUUACAAACCUGAAAUCCUCACAGGGGGCUUUUCAAAUCCCGAAGCUCAUUUGGGCUUUUACUGAAAGUAAUUUUGCUACUUUUGUUAUCCCAAAUACGGCUUUUGGGAUACUCGGGGCCGUUGCAACUUCCCUCUCAAAAGGGGUUCAACCAUCUGGAUUAGAAGUACUCCAGCGGUUCUCAAUAGUUGUUGCCUACAACUGGAGCAACGUGCUCUCGUUUGAUCUUGCAAAUCAACGAGCUCCUGAAUCCGUUGCUGAAGACCGCAUAAAUAAACCUUGGCGGCCAAUUCCUACCAACAGAAUCACCAGCGACCAGACUCGCCGCGUGAUGCUUGUUUCGAUACCUCUCACCCUCUGGUUCAACUAUUACCUCGGAGUAUGGGAACAAGGGGUAGUUAUCCACAUCACCACCUGGCUUUAUAACGACCUGAGGGGGAUGGACGAGGCUUUCGUCCGCGAGAUACUGAUAUCCGUCGGCUAUGGCAUGUUUAAUAGCGGCUCGCUACAGAUUGCCCUUGGAAACAAAACCAGCAUUAAUUGGAACGGUAUGGUUUGGGCAUGUAUUAUCAGUGGUGUUAUAUUGACCACCAUGCAAAUCCAGGACUUGAAAGAUCAGGCUGGAGAUCGCCUUCGGGGACGGAAAACAGUGGUCUUGUUUCUUGGGGAAGAAAUAUCUAGAUGGUCAAUUGCUUUCUUCGUAAAUUUCUGGACUUGCGUUUGUUCCAUACUGUGGGACCUUUCGGCAUGGUCCUGCGCUGUACCAGGAAUUCCCGCCGCCGUGGUUACAUGGCGGGUGCUAAAGAUGAGGAAUCAGAAAGACGACUACCGAAGCUGGCAAUUAUGGUGUCUUUGGCUGCUUGGUCUCUAUUCCCUGCCCUUGCUUGGACGGUCAGAUGGCUUCAAGUCGAUUCUAUACUAGGUCGGAGUUGCAGUGAUGAACUUGGGUAAAUUGAAGUCCUGGUACCGUAACGUUAGUAAAAGCGGUAAAUAAACAAGAUAGUUGAUUUUUAUAGUGCACAUUGCGUUGAAAUAUUAGAAAAUCAUGAGCUGGAGGGCUGGAAGAAGUCAAGUAUGAUACUACAGUUAGCAGAGUUCAGCAUCAGAGACGCAUACCAUGGCCUGCAAUUUGUGGGAUAGGCACGCGACUGACCUUUAGUGGAAAAUGCACGAUACCACUGCCGUCGGCGGACAGCAUGUGUCCCUUUGUCUCUCGCUGUAACAAGGGCCAGACUAGGUAUCAAAAUAUCAUACCACUUUAGACCUCGUUAGCUCAAAAGUUAGAAAAGAAAACAGUGAGGUAGACCUUACAUCUGACUUCAUGCAUUCAGAA